AUGUACGAAAUUCAAGAUGUGCCAGGAAAGGGAAAGGGUCUCAUUGCUACUCAAGCCAUCCCAAAAGGCACCCGUAUCCUUUCCGAAAAACCCAUCAUUACUGUGCCUAAGCAAACCACAAUGUCCAUUGAGCAGUUCGCGAGGCUGGUCUCGAGACAAGUUGAUGCCCUCAGCAAAAAUCACCAACAGGAACUUCUGGCCUUGCCCACCGUUCAUACCUUCAACGAUGAUGCGCAAAAAUAUCUUGAGAUUACUCGAGCGAAUGCCUUGCCAGCCAAUGAUGGCGAGGCUGGGAUCUUCCUCCAAGCAUGCCGCAUCAACCAUGCUUGCGAUAACAAUGCACAUAAUAACUGGAAUAAAAACAUUAAACAACACACAGUUCACGCCUUGAGAGACAUUGAGAAAGGGGAGGAGAUCACGAUAUAUUACAUGGGCGCCUACUGGAAUCGCGAAACCCGAAUUCGGAGACUCCAGGAACGGUUUGGAUUCAUAUGCUCUUGCGGUCUAUGCUCUUUGCCACCAGAUCAAAGCCAGGAAAGCGAUAAGAGACUGGAAAAACUUCUUCACCUGGACGAUUUAAUCGGCCGAGGUGGUGUUCUGGGAGUUUUGUCUAACCCUCUCCAAAAGCUUCACCACGUGGAUCACCGAGUGCGACUCCACGAGCAGGGUCCGAAUGACUCGGGCUUGCCGCAGGCCUAUUUUUUCGCCGCACAGAUUGCUAUCGCUCACGGUGACUUGGCAAGGGCUCGAAUCUUUGUUGACCGAGCCGUAGAUGGACGGAUCUGUUUUGAGGGCGAUGAUAGCCACAAUGUAAGUGAGCUCAAAGCUCUGGCGCAUGAUAUGUCGGAAGACGAACUCUACGGGUUAUCGAUGAAGUGGAAAACAGCUGUGAACGACGUUCCCCAGGGCCUUGACCCAGCUGAGUUGGAGGACUGGCUUUGGCGCAGAGAAAAGCCGAGACAGCCAGGACAGUUGGCUGAUCUUAGAGACCGGACAACCUUUCCUGCAUUUCCUGGCCUCCCACACGACCGCGACGAGUCAUACUACUUUGAAGAUCCCAGCGGGCUGAUGGGCCUUUCGCGACGUAAUUGGUGCUUUUUGGCAGAAAUCCGGCAAGUGACCGCAUUUACACGUCUGCAGUUCGAGAUUGAAGAUGUUGACGGGCAGUCUCUCCCAUUGUUCUUUUACACUGAUGGUGGGGGAAUGGGGCUGGAAAGAGCACAGGUCAAGGAGGGCUUCACGGUGGCAAUUCUACAAGCGAAACAGCACUCGUUUGCGUUUGAUAGACCUGGUAUCCGCCACGAACAACCUACGAGGAUGAAAGUGAGACGCACGCCUGUUACGAUCCGCGCAGUUUGA